AUGUUAAACAACUUCCUUCAUCCAGAACUUGAAAGGCGUCAAGUGAACAUGAGAGACAUUUGGUUUCAUCAGGAUGGUGCCACAGCUCACACGGCGAGAGCAUCCAUGGAAGUGCUUCGACAAAUGUUCCCAGGACAUGUGAUUUCGAGAUUUGGUGAUGUUCACUGGCCCCCUCGCUCACCCGACCUGUCGAUAUGUGACUUCUUCUUGUGGGGAUAUUUGAAAUCAAAAGUGUACAUGAACAAGCCUCGCAGACUCGAUGACCUUAAGAAUUCCAUUCGUCAGGAAAUUGAAGCCGUGCCGAAUGAAAUGAUGGAGAGAGCCGUCCGUAAUUUUCAGAAAAGGAUCAAUAUUUGUAUCCAGCAAGAAGGACGUCAUCUCAAAGACAUUAUUUUCCGAACCUAA